AGGACCCAAAAAACACCUGAUGCACCGAGCUGCUUCCUUCACCGUCUUGACACAGCAAAGCUCGUAUGAUUCCCAUCCGCAUCGCCUUAGCAUGGAACCAUACUGCUUUUUGCUCUCAUUAAGUUGCUUUUUCCAGUUGUACAUCUCUGUUUCCACAGAGGCCACGUGCAAGCUGAAAGCUAAGUUCAACUUGAGUGGCUACAAGGAUGUGGAGAAGAAGAAGGUCAUCAUUGGCGGGAUGUUUCCUGUCCACAUGAGCACUGCUUCCAGUGAUGGCAACACUUCACGGCUGCCUGUGUCCUCGGGGUGUGAGGGAAUGAAUUACCGCACCUUCCGCUGGACCCAGACUAUGCUGUUUGCCAUCAACGAAAUAAACAACAUGGAUGAGCUGCUGCCCAACACCGACCUGGGCUACGUCAUCUAUGACUCCUGCUUCACCAUCUCCAAGGCCGUGGAGGGCACCCUUACAUAUCUGACCGGCCAAGACGAGGCAGUACCCAACUACCGCUGUGGCACGGGGGCUCCCCUGGCUGCUCUCGUGGGUGCAGGGGGAUCCGACUUGUCCAUCGCCACUGCCAGGAUACUGGGACUCUACCUUUUUCCACAGGUCAGCUACUCCUCAACCUGCUCAGCCCUGAACAGUAAGUUCCAGUUCCCAACCUUCCUGAGGACCAUCCCCAAUGACGAACACCAGUCGACCGCCAUGGCCCAGCUGGUGCUCCACUUCGGCUGGACCUGGGUUGGAACCGUUGCCGCAGACGAUGACUACGGCAAGUACGGCAUCAAAGACUUCAAGGAGCAGGUAGAAGAGGCCGGCGUCUGUAUCUCCUUCUCUGAAACCCUGCCUAAGGUGAAUUCUCCUGAAGACAUCCGGCGAAUUGUCCAAACCGUUAUUGAGUCCACCGCCAAGAUCAUUGUAGUCUUUUCAUCAGACGUAGACCUCAGUCCUCUGGUGCUUGAGCUGAUCCGGCAAAAUGUGUCCAACCGCACGUGGAUCGCCAGCGAGGCCUGGGUCACUUCAGCUCUCAUCAACCAACCUGGAGUGAGCUCUGUGCUGGGCGGCACCAUUGGCUUUGGGGUUAAGAGAGCCGACAUUCCUGGUCUUCAGCGACACUUACUGGAUCUGGACCCUUAUGCUGACCCGCUCAAUGAGGAAUUCUGGGAGACGCUGUUCAACUGCACAUUAGACUAUAGUAAAGCGCUAAGAAAGGCCAAAGAGAGGGCCAAAGCGUUCAACGGGACAAUAUCUAAGGCAACACGGGUCGUUCCUGGCGGUUUGUGUACCGGCAGUGAGUCCCUGGCUCAGCUCAACAACACUUACUCUGACAUCUCCCAGCUGCGGAUCACCUUCAGUGUGUACAAAGCGGUGUAUGCCGUUGCCCACGCCUUACACAAUCUGGAGCACUGCGAGCAGGGACGGGGGCCAUUCAUUGGAAUCGGUUGUGCUGACAUCGCCAAAUUUGAACCAUGGCAGCUGAUGUACUACUUGAAGAACGUGCGCUUUAAAGUGCCACACACAGACGAGGAGGUCUACUUCACUGAUGGAGAUGUGGAGGGCUUUUAUGACAUCAUCAACUGGGUAGUCGACGGUAACGGGAUAAUAUCUUACGUGACUGUCGGGCACUACAAUGGUUCCGCGGCCCCAGAGGAGAGGAUGACCAUAAUGAAUGAUUCCAUUGUCUGGAACAAUGAAGCACUGGAGCCUCCUCGGUCAGUGUGCAGUGAGAACUGCAAGCCUGGCACCAGGAAAGGGAUCCGACAAGGAGAGCCGGUCUGCUGCUUUGACUGCAUCCCGUGUGCCGAUGGCGAGAUUAGCAACAUGACGAACUCGCGUGAGUGUGUCUUGUGCAGCGGUGAUCACUGGUCCAAUGACGCUCGUGAUGCCUGCGUGCCUAAGAUCAUCGAGUUCCUGGCCUUUGGAGAGCCACUGGGCAUCACACUCAUCGUCAUCUCUGCCUUUGGAGCCCUCGUCACCAUUGCUGUAGCGGUGGUGUUUGUUGCGCACAUCAACACUCCUCUGGUCAAAGCCAAUGACGCUGUGCUGAGCUUCUGUCUGCUUUUCUCGCUGAUGGUGACCUUCCUCUGCUCCGUUGUCUUUCUGGGAGAGCCUCACCACUGGAGCUGCAUGACCAGUCAAGUAGCUCUGGCUCUGGGCUUCGCACUGUGCCUUUCCUCCUUGAUGGGCAAAGCAGCAUUGCUGAUGCUGAGAGCGCAGGCUAAGAAAGCAAAGACCCGUGCAAAGACCAAGGCCGCUGCCAAAGCUGCGAAAGCUGCAGCUGAAGCAGCAGCCAACACUGGCAGCCCUGACGUCAUCACAACCAACACAACAAAUCUCAGUGACGUCACUGCUCAUGUGAAGCCUGACAGUCUCAACUUUGCACACCAGAGGGUGAUAACUGCUGGGGCAACCUUGAUUCAGGCUUUAGCUUGUACCGUGUGGCUCAUCAUCCUGCCGCCCUAUCCCGUGAAGAACACCUCAGCUCAGAAUAUAAAGAUCAUUAUGGAGUGCAAUGAAGGUUCUGUGGUCUUCAUCUGUUGUAUCUUUGCCUACGACAUCCUAUUGGCUCUGCUGGCCUUCAUCUUCGCUUUCCUAGCUCGAAAACUAGAGGACCACUUCAGUGAGGCCAAAUGUGUGACCUUUGGCAUGCUGGUUUUCUUCAUCGUGUGGAUCUCCUUCGUCCCAGCUUACCUUAGCACACGAGGCAAGUUCAUGGUGGCUGUCCAGAUUUUUGCCAUUUUGGCAUCCAGCUUUGGCCUGCUCACUUGCAUCUUCCUGCCAAAGUGCUAUAUUCUCCUGCUCAAACCUGAACGCAACACUGAGGAGAUGAUGCGACCCCAUGACAAACAACGUGAUGGAACCUCAACUGGGACCUCGGCGACACUCGCCACCGCCGCUACUGAGGUCAACGCUACAGUCGCAUCAACCGUUAUUGAUGAUUAGGUGACAGGUAAUAGGAGGUAGCUAGACAAGGGGAGAUUAGAUUGUAUGUUACAUCAUAUAAUGUUCAGGUCGUUAAUUAAAUACAAUUAACUGAACACUUUCUAGAAAAAAAAUACACUAAAAUAAUAAUAACAUAAUAAAAUAAUAAUAAAAUAAUAACAAAAUAUGGCUUUACUUCACCCACCUCUUGAGGCACAAGACUUUUUUCCAUAUAGUUAACAUUUGAAAAUGUAUGUCGACCCUAGUGUGGAUAAGCAGUACAGAAAAUGGAUGGAUGGAUGGAUGUCGAAAAUGUAAGGUUUUUAGCCAACUACACUCAGGAUAUCAAUGAUAAAUGUCCAUGAUUACACAUAGAUCAUUGUUAAUUUCAGUUAUCUUUCCCUAAGUAAAUGUAUUGAAAUAUAUUUACCGUGCAUUUAUUUAUGUAUCUUAUUUAUAGAAUCAUAUUUUGGACUUGUAUAUACGGUAUACUGUACAAGUGGUAUCAAAAUCUUUAUAAGGGGCUGUUCUAGUGUGAUAAUUUUAGAAAACAAAAUACAACUACAGUGCUCUAAAACAAAUGGCGUGAUCAUGAUCAUCGUCAUACCAUAUAAUAACUAAAAGUAGAUCAAAAAAAAAUUUUUUUCAAUAAAUGUUAGACUAGAUAAUGCAAUAGAUAAGAAACAUUUGACCUUUAAAUGUUUUUAAGAAUAACACUUUUCUGUUGCCUGGGAAAGCACUGAGACAUCAAAUUGCUAACAAUUGUAAUAGUCAGAUGACAAUUUCAAGCUGAGGAGAAAUUCAUUAUGCUGCAUUAAAAGUGAUGUAUGUAUGGCUUGUAUUUUAUUUAUAAAUCUCACCAUUUGUACACCAAGAUUUUUUUACCAUGACAAAUGUUGCAUUUGAAGCUGCUUUCGUGUACGUUUAUGCGCUUCACGAAGUGUUUUUCACUGUGUGCCGCUCCCACAGAACAUAAGUACAGUCACGUCUUCAUGAGCACCUGACUUUGCAGGAAUCUGUCCAAUCAAAGUUGUCAGUGUGCACGAUAAUAAAUUCUGCGGGUGACAGAGCGCUGAAGGAAUGUGUUUAGAAUUUACUGCUGACAAGCUGAGGCAGCUGCUAUAUCACAAGAAAAGGUGCACAUAUGCAGCACCAUGGGUGUCCUCUGCAUGUGUCAUUUUAGUAUUAUUUAUGCAACUGCAACACCUACCAGGCGUGUGUUAGGGAUAUGCAUUAGACAGGGAAAGAGGCCCUUACUUAUACAGUACAAUUGAACUUUGCAUGGUACAAAAACAAAAUCUAUUGUCUAUCAUGCUUGCCCUCAUUAGGGUUGCUGGUGAGCAAAUCAGGAUCUUCAAUUGACCUGUAAACUUCAGCUUUACAAAUGGCUUGUUUGCAGUGCAGGUGGUGUUUGUUGUGCUAAGCAAGUCUACAAUAUGAUAGCGCCCGUCAUAGUUUUUCAAGUGGUCGACG